AUGGCUGCGCCCAUGGUCACACACGUUCGAAUUAAAGUGUAUUUUGAAAACAACGAGUUUGAUGCUUCGUGGUUAUUAAUCGAUACAGAUGAUCUCAGGACAAUGAAAGAUGUACAGAGACAUAUAUCCUUGAAAUUUCUUGGAAAAGCUGUCCCUCUUUAUUUAUCUUUACAAGGAUGUUUACUUCCAGAUUGGGAGAAGUCAGUUAUUUUAAGAGACAAUGAUUGUGUUAAUGCCAAGUGUAUCCAUCAAGAUAGCUUUGAAAACCAAACUAUUUUACUAUUGAAUGAACAAGAUGGGGACAUUAUUGUCAAAUCUGAUAAAAAGAAAAAACAUAAACAUGAUAAAGAAAAAAGUGAAGAUAAACUAACAUCUAAUUAUGCAGAAAACAAGGACACAUAUUCAAAUGAGAAGGACAUGCAAAUUGCAACAAGUAGUAGUGUUCCCAUGGAAACUUCACCACCAAAACAAAAACACAAGAAAAAGAAGCAUAAGCAUAAACAUGAAACUGUUGAUAACAUGCAAACUGAACAACAAACAGAAAAGAAAAGAAAAAGGAAACACUGUCCUGAGGAAAAAAUAGAAGAUGUCAGCUUUGAUGAGCCUGUUGGUAAGAAAAAGGCAGUUAAUUCAUGUGAACUUGAACUGUCAUUGAAACCAAGUAUGUCACAAAAAAACAAUUCCAUUGAAAGAUUUCCAGAUUCAGAUUCUGCUCCAACUAACAUGACUAAGCUGAGUAGUAUCAGUGUUGCAGGUGAAAAUAAAAUUGAAAAUACAAUUUUAUUAGGUGAACAUGGAAAAGGAAGUGAAAAGAAAGAGAAAAGGAAAAGGGUAAGAAAAAGGAAAAGAAAAAGUGUAACAGAGACUCCUCCUCAAACACAGAACUUGGACACUAAUGUUGUUAAAAAUGCAUGGAAUUGGAACACAGGAAAAACCUUUAAUAGUGAACCAAUAAAUUCAAAAGCAAACGGAAAACACAAGAAAUUUACGUCUGACAGUAAUGAUAGUAGUGAGGAAGACGCUCUCACUAAUAAGAGUGAGAAACAUAAUUCCUCAAUUAAUUAUUCAUAUGAUUAUGGUAACACUACGGAAAAUAAGGAUCUGACUCAAACUGAUACUACAGUAACAUAUAACAAUUCAUAUUCAAGACAGUCUAAAUCAGACAACCAGAUUAUAUGUGAUAGAAAAACAGACUGGAAUAAAUCAGUAAAUAGAUCUGGUUAUGCAGAAGAGACAGUCCAAAGUCCAAAUAAGAGAAGUGAAAAGAUUGCAGACCAACCAUCAGUAUUAUCAACAAGUUAUUUAUCAAAUGGAGUUGCUGUAUAUUCAAGAAAUCGGCGAAAACAACAACAGAAUUCAAAACAAUAUCCUGAGCUGACUAAAGAAGAUCAAUUGAAUACAAAACUGACAAAUGUGUCAGUUAUUUUACAGAAUACAUCAUUUGAUAACAAACAGCAAGGUAAUGAGUACCCUGAAAAAGAGACAUCAGCAAUUUAUGAAGCAGUACCAGUAGAUUACAGCAAGUUUCCAGAUUUGAUUGGUCCACCCAGACCUGGAGAUAGACUGGCAUAUAAAGUUAUUGAAUUGUCAGAGACAUAUACGCCUGAAGUUUCUGAUUAUAAGGAGGCCAUAGUUGUCAGUUACAUCCCAGCAACAAAAACUGUCGAGUUAGAGAAUCAACAGGAAGGAAAGUCAAAACUGAAUAUGAAUGGAAAAUUUGAAGUAGUUUUUGAAGAUGAAGAAAACAUUGCAACAGAAACAGAUUUAAAGGUUUUCCUACCACUAGAAUCAUUGAUAGAACCAAAACUGUUAUCCUAAUGAUGAAGAGUGUUAAAAAAACAGGAAGAAUUCAUAAGCAAUGAAACAAUGCAUCUUCUUUCUGUUUUAAAGUGAUGUGUUCAAAUUUCAUGUACAUAAGAUAUGUGAUGAAAUCUUUUUUUUUACAAAAAAGUCAAUAA